GACUAUAAGCCUCGAGCUUUUCUGAUCAUGUUGACGAUAAAUUCCUGGUCGACAGAGUGAACAGAUUAUUAUUUAGAAGUGCGGUGAGCACUCAUAAUUAUAUGGCUGAGAUGGGCUGGAACGGCAAGUGCCUUGCGCCUUGUAUGAUGCAGAAGCAUUGACGAAAAUGCAAAGAAGAAACGCUUUGCUUGUCAUUGGUUAUUCUCUCAUUUGGUUUCUAGCAAGUCGCGGAAAUAUGUUGUGAUACAACGUGGCAUAUGUUCGAAUCUGGGUAUUAUCCGCUGUUGAAUAUGAUACGUUACCCAUUUUCAGGCGGAGAACUGAUUUACAUGGAUGCUCUUUCCCCGAAUAAUGCAGAAAAGAAUUCUUGCUAGAUUUCGACCAAUGACUACGGUUGAAACAUUUGUUCAAUUGCUUACUUUCCAUGCCAAGCAUGAGGCUUGAAGAUAAAAAUAUCUCUUUGAUGUCUGCCAAGAUGCUGAAACUUUUCACACACCCCCAAAAAGAAAUUUGAAUGUUUCCAUAGGCCCAUUAUGGUAUUUUCAAAGGAAGGUUUACGCCAUGUUAUGCUCAUUCGCUCGUUCAACGAAGCUUCAAAUCCUUCACCCUAUUUCGACAACAGCUCACUUGGCUUACAAGCAUUACCUUGCAUUCCUUGCGCCAACUCUAACCACUCUCGUCAGAUCACCAAAAAUGUGCAUUGCCAUUUACUGAAUGUACUCUCAGCCCUAUCAGCCGAUUGUAUCUUUCGUAAGAAAUAAAAAAAGUCGGAUUCCCACAAGGAAAUGAAGAUUAAGCCAGAGUCAUGUAACAGGAAAGCCUAACCGAAGACAUGCAGAAAGCAGAUGAAGCAUCAAAGCGAACAGCGAGGUCUAGGACACCGACUGCGUGUUUACAAUGUCAGAAGAGAAAGCAGAGAUGUAGUAGGGAACAACCGUGUAGGCAUUGUUCGAGGAGAUAUCCACCAGUGGAAUGUAUCUAUACCUUUGAAGGAAAGCAUAGGAUGGUACCACUUCCGUCUCCGAAUAGGUUAUCUGUACCCGAUGAAACAUCUGCAUCUUUCUCCACCGACCCGAAAGCCUCGACGGGUCAACUUUCUUCUCCUCCUCCCUGUCAAAGCUACUCGAGCACAGUAUCAAACCAUGCAUAUCAUCAAACAUCUGAACAAAAUUCAGAAAGAGGUAAUAUGAGCUAUAUACCCACAUUUGAUAUCACAAGCUCGGAUCCAUUUGGGUCCAAGCCUCCUUAUCAGGAAGUCUCGAGCGGUGCAAUAUCCAACUCUGUAACCGGAGCAUAUCCCGAUCCAGAAAUGGAACCAAAUGAACUGGAGUUUCGACCUGUACCACAAGUUCCGACGAAUAAACCGAACGAAAUUCCAUUCUACGAUUAUAUGAAUGGUCCCCAUCUAGAAACAGAAAGCUGGAUUCACCCUCCCGAUUUGACUCCGAACCCAGGAAUGGUCAAUUUCCAAAAUUUCGAUCAAUCGUAUUUCGAUCCAGCUUCAAUGCAGACUACAAGCUCUCCUCCAUUCGAUGUUGAUAGGUCCUCGGCGUUUCAUCAAACUUUCGGGGAUAAUGGCAUGUCAAAUUCGGACAAUGCGCCUGGUGUUUCGUUCUCACCUGGAAUGCCAGGUCGUCAGAAUCAAGAUUAUGGGACAGCGGGUGGGUAUUCUGGUCCGUACUACUAGCCACCAGAGGUCGAGAAUUGGGAAGUUUCCAGUCUUUUGAUGAGUCUGGCCCUUUGAUGGUUUAGAUGUUAGGAUAUCAUUCUGAAUCGGGUGAAUUAGAAGUAGCGUAUAUCUGAAGGUUUCUUACCGAAGAAUUUAAACCACAGUUGCUUCCUCGAAUUUCUUCCUUUGUAGUCAUCUCAAGGCGGAGGUAUUGAAUAGAGCUUCGAGAAGCUCGAGGUGUAGAUUAACGAUUAGGGACUCGAGAUUCUGGUUCUCGUUAAAAUCUUCAAUGAGCCUAAAUUUUUGAAUCCUUUUCAUAUACGCAUUCUCAAUACUUUUGUUCCUUGUGUCGGUCAGACUCAUCGUAUAUCGUCGCAUCAAAGUACUCAUCUUCAUCUUAACUAUGUUGCAUCCUGGCUGAAUGCUCGAGAUAGCGGGUGGCAAUAUCUCAACGGUUGGAUGGAAGUCUUCCUUCCUAUGGUUUCUCAACGAGGGAAUGAAUCAGAUCCCGAAUGGAAAAAUCCAUAUUGUAUUAUCGUUAUCGUUAUUACUAUUAUUAUCAUUACCUAGCUUCACUCGACGAACUACCAAUAUGUUAUUCAUGACAACUUUCCGGCCGGUCCGUCACACUAUACGGACACAGGUUCCAAUACUUCUUUGAUUCGA